AUGGAGAUUCCGGUCUCAACACGCCUAAUCCAAGCCGGGCUCCUCGUAUCCCUAUAUGAGUAUAUGCGCUGCUUUGUGGAUACAGCAAUGAUGACCAUAUCCGUGUGUGCACGCAUGGCGAUUGCAGUAGGCCUUCACAAGCCCAAGACGGUGUCGCCCCCAAUGUCAGAUACAAAUGGCUGCCUGCGGGCUGAAGAGGAAAACAAUAUAUGGUGGAUCAUUGUGCUUCUAGAGAGGUUAUAUGUCUGUGAAACUGCUUCGCCUGAUCAACCGCUCAUAUCCACUAUCCCACCCAGUGGGUCGUGUCUACCUGUGAAUGCUCUCGGGCUGAACCCCGUUCCAUAUUCGGUAACUCUAGCAUCACCGACAGACAGUCUUAUCAAAGAUUCUGCCCCUGGGUGUUUUGGUAAGGACGGUCAAGCGGCCAUUUUACUCGAUAGAGUUCUCCAGAUUUUUCGAAACGAGGGCAAGGAUGUCCUGGGUAGCGAAAUAGCGACGCUUGACAACGAGCUCCAAGAGUUCUUGCAUUCCCUACUAGUUUCCUUUCAGGGCUCCAAGCCGAGAGAAUGCGGCGCCAUUGCCGUCACGCUCAGAGCCCUAUUCGUCCUCCACAUGUCCGUGCUGGAUUGGUGGUCGAAGAAUAAACCUAGUGAGCCCUUUGCCCAUGGGUGUCAGUCCCAGGCUGCACUUCGCAGUCUUUCUCGCAUCUCAGUCGACAUUGCUACCUUCCGCGGCACAUGGGUAACCAAGCAAAUUUUUGACCGCCACCCCCCAUUUACAUUGUAUAUCUUGCGGCAAGCGAUAAAGUAUCUUAAUGAGAUCGAUCCCGCAGAUACAUGUGGCGUGCUAGAGCAGCGCAAGUCACUUUCACAGGCUCUGGCUCAAUAUUCUUGGAGAUGGCGGCAUGGGAAGGCAAAUGCUUAG